CUCAUAUCGGUUGGCCAAAAUGAUUUAAAAAAUACUGUACGUGGUGAAUGCCUGAAUGGCUAAUAAAGUGUGGUGCUGGUCACCCCUUUCUUAUCUUACACAAACAGGUAUGUUAUGCUUUCACGUUGAUUUGUUACACUGACUGCAAUUACCUCAGGCAGACAAUCCAAUCAAUUUCCAUAUAAAAUUAUCAUUCCUAAUAAGUCCUCAACCACAGCUGCAGUGGUCACCAGUGCGGCCUAUAAUUUUAUUAUUUUACUUGUCAAGGGGAAAGUCUUCAAAAACGACAAUCCAUUGUUUGACCAAUGGCCGUAAUUUCUUUUACGUAAAUUAUAUUACGAAUGCCCAAAAGCUGAGGGGACGCUCCAGGAUGCAUUCCGUGUAAACUUCACGCCGAAGAUAAUCUGAGGUGGUGUUGCCGUGUGCCAAGUGAGGUCAACGUGUGCGCUGGCUGAUUGUGGGCAUCGUGAUUUUUCAUUAAUAGUGGGUUUUUUAAAAAUAAAAACUUGCUAAAAGGUGUGUAGUUGAUGAAUAAGAUGUUUUGCUGAUGAGCAAUGAUGAGUGUUGCUACUGUUCUGUUGUAUCACAAGUUAUAACCACCAUUUAGUAAUAUUACACUGACCAGGAACACAAAUUUCUCGUCAUAUGUUCGUUUCUCUCGAUAUGUGGGGCUUCCCUUAAAUAUUUGAUGCUGCGCCAACCACCAAAACUCAAAACUUGUGUGCCAACCUCGAUGUGAUUGUGCACCAACAAUUCAAAACUCACGCCGAAGAUCUUCCACAAAACGUGCAUGGAAUGCACUCUGGGGGACGCUCCCCCCCCCAGGAUUCACACCCUUAGAAUCUUGCACACUAUUUAAUAAUUAACUAAAAUGCCAAUGUACAUCUCGAUGAAAAAGUAUUUGGUUUAAAUUAACUCAUUAAGUUGCAUUGUGCCCUAAAAAAAUGCACCCUACUUUAUUAAAAUUAACUAACACCAGAUGAUUUUACUGGUCAAGGGGUUAUUCCAGAAAACAUCCAUACCAUUCCCACAGAGGAAAUUGGACGUUAAGCCUCCUACUCCCUUCAGAUGUCCUAAUAAUACACUUUAACAAAUGUUCUCCCUCUGCACAGCAGAAAUUUUCUACUUGGGAUGUGUGUGGAUCUUUUCUGGAAUGAUGCAAUAUUACUGACAGCUCUCAUAACGUGGGUGCAUGUUCUCAACAUUAAAAUUAUUUGUUAAAUUUUUCAUUCUGUGAUGAAACAGGAUGGAUUCUAAUAUUUAUGACACUUGUGUAGUUGCAAGGCAUUUUUUAAUACCAUGGACUGGUGGGGUAAUUGCCCCCCACUGGGCCCCUUCCUCAGCCCCACCACUGAAGACAAAAAAAUUGCCUAUUGAGUAAAUUAGUUUUAAUUAACAUGAAAAGAAGUUUAAAAAACAAAGUUUGUUGGUGAGCAUACUUAAACUUAUGUUGUGUUUGAAUGUUUAGCAUGCAAUCUAUUACAAAGAGAUUUUUUUAAAAAAGUGUUCUCAGAAUGCAGGAAAUGCUAUUUCAGAGACCAAAAUUUAAAAAAUUUCUCAUGCCUACGUCACUCAGUUCACACCUUCGGCGAUCACAUACAAUCCUGGGGGGAGGGCAAGGAAAAUGGGCCCUUUGGCAGUUUUGCCCCAUUGGUCACUGAAGAAUCCUUAACAAAUGCACUGUGUAGUUGUUUGUUGAAGUCUUCAAGACCUCACAUUUAAUGUUUGUUGAAGUCUUCAAGACCUCACAUUUAAUUUACACUUUUAUCACAUGGUUAUAUACUUAUAUUUUCCCCAGAAUAUACAGGAAAUUGCAUUUCUGAAGUAAUUCCACUAAAUUUUCUCUGGGAAGACCCCCAGACUUGACAGCAACCUUAAUUGACAAGUGAAAGUUUUGUUACAUCUUAAGUGAAACAUGUAUAAAAUAUUGUGAAAUGACGUCAUAUUAUAGGUACAUUCUGGAGAUUCAGCAUCAAGAGAAUGUGAGGCAUACAUGCAUUAAUAUGAAUAAACUUAUUUUAGCUCAAAAGUUGGUCCCUGAGCAAUAGAACCCCCAAACGUUUUCUGAAUGUGUGCCCCUGGCCUUGUGUAAGCCAAAACUUUAAUGGCAUCUGUGCUAUGACAGACAUGCACCCAAGGUAGCCCAGAGCCAGAGAGGUAUGGAGAUUUUGAGUAUAGCCAUUAAAGUAAGUUAGCAAGUAUAUAUACUAGCAUACAGUGAUACAGAUUAGGGCAGAAAUUGAUUGGAAUCCAAGCAGGUGGUGUAGAUUUUGAAGACAUUAAUAGUGCCACUAUUGCAAAAACUUUGAAACUUGCUGUAAUUACAAGACUGGUAAAUGGGUGGGGUUCACUUUUGUUUUGAGAAGAUGAUGGAGAAAGCAAGAGGUGAACAUGCAGCAAGUAUAUGAUUUUGAAAGAAGCUUUGAUCAGAUUAGCAUCCCACUGUUCAGUUUACUUCAUGUAAAUGAUUUUAAAACCAAAAUUUACAAUCAAGAUUUAUACUAGAAAAUUACCUGAUGACUUUUUGGGCCUUAAUUGGUAGAAUAAAAUACGGGCCCGUGUGUAUAAUAAUAUUUAUACAUCUAGUAUGUAAAGUAAAGGGUGUUUUGUCAAUAGUCUGCAUCCUUAUCGUUCUUUAUCUGCAGCACAAUGACCUUCUCGAUAGCAAUAAUCACGAACAAUUCACAGAAGAUUUUCAUGUAUUAGCGAGGAUUUUAGCCUUGUCUUAGGUCUUAACCAUCUUCAGUUUUGUCUUAAGAACGAUCUCUCCACCCGAGCAUUGGUCUUUCCACACGAGCUAGAAAGCUAGCAUUGCAGGGAGUGAUAAUUCAGAUACUUCGAUUUGAUUUUCACUAAUAAAUUGGCGGUGGAACUAGGUGGAUUUUCCACAAAAGGAAACAGUUUGAAUCUGUUCUCGUUUUGAUUAACUCUGCGCCUCCAAAAUUAUCCGGGUCUCGGUCCGCAUCUGAUUGCCCGACCGCUCAGUCUGCCCCUGUAUAUGUUUUAACUUUGCUUCCAAAUGGUAUACCAUAUAGUCUUUGAUAAAAUCUGAUACUGUGUAAUGAUUGUAUGUUUAAUAUUUAAUAUUUAUUGCAUAUUGUACUGUCAUGCAUGCAUGUUUGUGGUUGAAAAUGUGUUUUCUAUUUAGACAAAAAUGUUGGUCUCAUAAUUUUGAAUCGACCUUUGCAUGGAAGCUACGAGAAACUUAAAGCUCUGUGGAAGAGUGGUAAUCACAAUUAAUAUUCAUGAUAUCAUUGGUCCCUCUUUUCUAUACCAUUUACCUAGAAUUCAUUCAAGGGUUAAAGACCAUAUACCAAUUAACAACUAGAUUACGAGCUCGAGAUUUCUAUGAGGUGGUAGUUAUCACCUCAUAGAAAUCAAGAGCGAGUAAUCUAAUUGUUUUAGCAGAAUCAGAGUAAACAAUCAAGUUCGUCCUCAGAAACCUCAGAAAAACGCGAGCUGGGUAACAGGUGUCACAGCGGAUAGUGUCCCCCACAGAAAAUGUCCCCCCGGACACUAUCCGCUAGCAGAUUAUGUCCCCCCGGACACUAUCCGCAACGCGGAUAGUGUCCCCCCUAGCAGAUACUGUCCCCGCAAGAAACUACUGUAAGGUUUAGCUUCUGGGUUUUAUUGGUAGAAAGGCGUCAGGAAAUGAGCAUACCAUACAAAGCAAAAGAGAUCAUUUGAUCAGAUACCUCGAGAAUGGCGAGUUCGAGCCUUUCCCAGAACAGAUUAACAACAAGCGGAAAAGAGAAGAUCCAAACAUUUUUGAGAUCGAAUUGUUUGCAAUUGUCUCAUGCCUGAAGUGAGCGACGACAUGAUUUUGUGCGACCACUGGUUCACUUUGGUUGCGUGAAUGUGAAAGGUAUAGAAGGCAAUGAACAGUGAUUGUGCCCGAAUGUACUCCUCCAGCAUUCUGAUGUUCAAUGAACUUUUAUUAUGAAAUACUGUAAUCUUUAUAUAAUUAAAUUCUUGUUCUAUAGUUUGCUUGCAAAAUCUAGUGUAAAGUUUUUAUAUAAAUAAAUUUUCUCUCAAAGAUGAGCCUUUGUUUUUGACUUUUCACGUGGGGGACACUAUCCGCGGCAAAGUAAUUAAAGGGGUGUCCGGGGGGAACACUGUCCGCGGGGAACACUAUCCGCUGUUACACCGGAAGCCAUUUGUUUUAAAAAAUGCGCCAAGAAAAUUAUUGUUUUGCUACUCGCUGUCUAUCGAGGAAUAGAUAGCGAGUAGAGUAGCCAAUCAAAUAACAGCAUUUGCAAUAGUAUAUUUAAUUUAGUAUGAUUCUACUAACAGAAAUGAGUUAUUAUCGGCCUAUUAUUAUAGGCCUUUUAUUGUAAUACUAGAGCCUGGUUCACACUGGUCGUAAUUUAUCGGCGAUCUAUUGUGUUAUUUUCCGACAGACAAAGCAUUCACACCAAUUAAUGACCACAGACAAUGGAAAUCCCCGAUUCGUAUGACCAGUGCGAACCAGGCAUAAGCGCUUUUUCACAUGAGAAGACUGGGACUAGGACACGUUGCUUUCAUUUCGCAUAUUAUACCAUCCUAUAUACUUAGUAAAUCCUAGCGGCACAUUUGACCUGCCAAAGCCAGCCGAGUAGGUCUAGGCUGAGCUAUUCUAAAUAUAAUAAAAACAAUGAUAAUAGUGGUUUAAUAAUACUAAUACAACUUAAUACAACAAUAAUAAUGGUUUAUUUUCUUCUAGCCUCAGUAAGAAUUUGUGUUGACGGAGGGGCGAAUGAGCUUUAUAAAGUCUGUAAAGAAAAUGAAAAGUAGGUUUACUUCAUAUAAUAACUAGCAUAAGGGAAUCAAGAUAUGGAUACACAGUAUGGUAGUAGGGUGGAAUUAGUCAAUUUUAACAAAAGGAUACAGGGUUGCACUCUAAAACACGGCUCGUGUUAAAAUUUCCUGGUCAUAGAAAUAACCCUGUUUCGGUUAAUUUAAUAUUUCUGAUUAAUUUUCCUGGAUAUUUUAACCUAUUUUUAUAUUUUAAUUUGACCAGGACUUCCUGAUUGAAUUAACCAGACUAUGUUGGGUGGAUAAAUAACCAGGAGUUCCAAAUAGGGUUAUUUCUAGGUUAACCAGGACGUUUGAGAAGCAAUUUUAACCAGACUGUUUUUAGAGUGUACUAGGGUAUGUCGAUGGUCUUAAAAACCUUGGUAGUAUUCGGCGCAUAGAAGGGGAAUUCACCCGAUUUUGUAGAAUAUGCAUGCAUGGAGGAAAAAUAUUGGACGACGUGACUAAGUUAUAUAUAGUACGUUCCUUCACUCCGGUGUUGUUGAGCACUCUGCAGAGUUGUUAAUGGGAGCCUAUUAGCGAUAAUGCAAAGCUCACUUCCCUUGUGGUAGUUUGAGCACUCUGGCCCCAUUACGCUCUGCGCAUGUCUGGAUGCGUUGAGUCACCGUGUUAUACCACCGUGUUGUACCACAUGCCUUGGUGAGAGCAAGUCCAUGGGGUAUAAAUGCGAGUGUCUCACGUAUCUAGACGUGUACCAAGCUGCACUGACGAGGCGUUGAACGCCGAAACAUGCAUGUCUGCAGAUUGUACUAGUAUUUUACUUUAUAUAAACCACAGACAAUAUAUCCCUGAUAGAUAUCUGGAUCAGUCAUGGCCGGGUUACAGUUUUGACACAAAUCUCUACGGGUUGAACAAAUAAGAUUUGUAAUUGUAGUAGUACUGAUAACGUGGCGAUGGAAAAUCAUGUCGGGUUUUUUUAAUAUUGUAUAGUUUUGAUUGGAUACCACAGUUUAUAACUGGAGAUUUUGAUUCCAUAAAAGAAGACAUACUGACAUACUACAAAGACAAGGUACAGUGUAGACAGUGUAGCUCGCAGUGGCGGACACUUUGCGAAAUACCGGGGGGGGGGGCGAAUUUGAGUUGCCAUCAUAUUACCACCCUCUUGUUGCUGCAAAUUGCAUUUCUUUAAACUUUUUGCCAAUUUGCUUAAUUUAUAGCCUAUUGAAUGCUUUCAAGGUUUUCAGAAAUUAUUGGGGUUGGGGGAGUGGUUGUCCCCUGCUAGUGUUUCGCCAUUGGUAGCUCGUACAGCGAACCAGCGAACUCUGGAUACGAAAAUGGUACAGGACAAAAACGCGUUUUACAAACUUAAUAGCUAUGGUGCAUGUACUGUUUUAUUUCUAGGGUACAAAAAUUGUUCAUACACCUGAUCAAGAUUACACAGAUUUCACGAAAGCGAUUUGGUACCUUAUUGAAAACUGUGAUGACCAGGUCUGUAUUUUAUUUUAAAAAAAACAAUGGAAAGGGAGUGAAAAUGACGUCCAAUAGCUCCAUCUUUGGCUUCACUUUUUGGUCUCGAGUUCUCACUCCAGAUAUUUAUGGAGCUCACUGAUUAUUUCCUGAAACCCCAUACGUCAGAUGUUGGGAGUCACUUGAACUGCAAACUUCGCUUCAAUCUUUGGAAGCUAGAUUUUGCGAACGCGUUUGCAUAGAAGAAAAUUUUACGAUAGAUAGUAUCUUUUGCAAUUCGUGCAUACCUUAAUGGAUUUAGGUAUCGUAAAGAUUUUGAUAGCGUAAAGAUAACACCGUCAGCAAAGAUUGGACCCUAAUUCAAAAUUUAUUACUUAACAGCCCUGAGCUAUAUAUGGGGUGUACCCACGCCCAAGAACAUUUCCAAGCUUAAUCCAUUUCGAAAGAAAUAGCUACCUACUACUUGAAUGUACUCAUGAAAAACAACACUAAAUUUCAAAUACUGCUUUUAGGUAACGUAAGACGUAGUUAAUAAAAAAUCAGGUAAUUUCGAUCCUUACACCCGUCUUCGCCACAUCCCUGCCCGCAGGACUAACUGCAAAUUAUUUUUGGCUAACUUAAUUGCUGUGGACCUCAAUCACAAGUGUGUAUUUCCUCUUUAUAAUUUCAUAUAUCCAGGUUUCAGCAGUAGUUGUGAUGGUGGAAUUCUCUGGUUUACUUGAUCAAACUAUUGCCAAUAUCAAUACUCUGUUUCAAGCUGCAAACAUUACGGAAAAACCUGUUAUUCUUUUUGCUGGUGAUUGCCUUGCUUUCCUUCUUCAGCCAGUAAGUGCGAUAGAUGAUUAAUUUAAGAUGGAAUGUGAAAAUUGUGCAGUUACUUAGGGGAAAUUUAUAUGCACUAUUAUUUUUCUUUAAUUCAAAAGCAAAAUACUUGUCCAAUGCUAUAUCUACCUCCUCCGCAGGCCUUUCAAAAAUAUAAAAUUGGUGGGAAACGAGUUGUAUAGUAUAGCAUGGGCAAGGUAUAGUAGCUUUUUUACAAAUUACAAAUUUAGCUCACGAUUUUUCAAGUUGUUGGUCGAGAGCCAUGAUCUAUCGAGUAUCGGUAUGAGCUGCAUGAGUUUACUAAUUUUUCAACUUUUUGAUGAACAGUAUAAGUAAAAAAGAUAACAUUUUCCCGUUUUCUGUCCAGUUAUUAGAGAGGUUCAGAUUUUGACUACCGCUGCCAUUCAUUAAUUAAUUAACCAAUCAGUUGCGUAAUAAGUCCAUGAAAAGUAACGGUAGUGAAAUCUAAACUAUUGCAUGCAACAACUUGUAUUCUGGUAACAAAGCAAAUAAAUUGUUAUCUAUCGAACCACAACCCAGGUAACAAAAGCCAUUAAAGUAGGGUCUUUUUCUCAUCUAGGGAAAACAUUCAAUUGAUGUGAGCAGUGGAUACGAGGGCCUCAAAUGUGGUUUACUACCAAUUGGUAGCAAAUGUGACAGUGUUACAACUCAUGGACUGAAGUGGAACCUGAGUAAGUACUUUAUAAAUUUUUACAACUUUUAAAGUGGAAGUCAAGUCCGUAAUGUAAACAAACGGUUUGUUUACAUUUCGAACUGCUGUAUUUUUUAAAAUAUGAUGUACUGUCUGAAUAUCUGACACCAUUUUGGUUCGCUAUGCUUCUAAAUAAAUAUGAAAUAGAGUUUAUGUUCAGAAAAAUUCGAAACAUUCGAAAUUUGGGCAAUGUUCACAUUAGAGGUCCUCACAUUGUUAUGAGCAGAACCGAUGCGCAGAACGGACUUGACUUCCACUUUAAGCGUAUGAUUCUCAUAGGAUACUGUAAACAAUAUAGAGCGCUCCAGCCCCUUAUUCUUCCAACCUGCAGGCAAUUGAUUUUAAUAUAUACGAGGUACUGUGGAAGAGUCAGUAUAGAUGCUCACAGUAUAUGUCAUGUGCAACCAUCCCCAGAAAUUUAAAGGCCAAUGGAAUUUACAUUCAUUAAUUUCCUUAACAUUUUGUAAACGUGUUAUAGAAAGCCAUUUUAUACAUGCUUGUCACUUUCUCACAAAUUUAGCGACGAACAUAACUCACUAUCGUGUGAUUAAAUAUCUGAAAUGUAGCUAUACCAAUUUAUUCCGACUUACCGAGGAUAUGCAGUAAUGCAGGUGGGGGGUUAGAUUGCCGCCCAAAAUGGUUGUCGUCACAAUCGUUUCUUGUAUCUGUUGCAAUUUGAAAAAAAUAAUUUCACCGUCGUGAUCUCGCGCGCUCAUACACGCUAUGAGCAGGUACACACCCCUAAUUACCGAAUCUAAUGUAUUUUGUUCAUCUCUUCACUAUUUUAGCUAGCCAUGCUCUACAAUUUGGUGAGUUAAUAAGUACUUCCAAUGCAUUUGAUGACAGUGGUGUGGUUGAGCUAGAAACAAGUCAUCCACUCGUAUGGACCAUGGAAAUAAAACGAUAACUAGAUUUUUAAAAUCCUAACCCUAUAGAAAUUCCUGCGGAGGAGGCUAGGAAUGUUCAUCUCAAAUCUUUAAUAAUUCAUGAGUAAAUUAGCCAACCAUAUUGCUGUAUUUUGCUCACGUGAUAAUACUGGAUACCUGGUGAAGUAUAUUGAUCCACUCCUAGGACUGGAUCAAAAUUAAUUCACCUCAUUUUAAGUAGUGAUUUAUAUGAGAUGUCAUUUCAAAUCCUCGGACUGGACUAGAUUUCAAAUCUUCGCACUUUGACCCAGUCCUCGGCUUCGCCUCGGACUUGAUCAAAUUGCGCGGACUUGAAAUCUAGCCCAGUCCUCAUAGUCAGAUUUGAAAAAUUACUUCCUGGUUGCUUUGGUACAAUAUUCACUCUAAAGUAGACUAUUGCUUCGUGUAGUUGGGAGAAAAGCACGGUGACACUAUUUUUUCGUACGUUUUUACUUUCAACAUAAACUUACAAUGGGCAAAAUUACAAAUAAUUCUGUCAUGCCAUUUUCCUUGCAAAGGUCGUGUCAUGAGAUAAAUUAUUUUUGGAAUGUACAUUACCGAACUUGUUUUGGAGAAAUUGUAUGUUCGAAACGCCGAAAUGUUAUCUAUAAACCAUCACCAUCUAUACAUUCGUAACUAGUAUUGUCUGUUGACCAAAGUAGGCCACCUAAAGUCCAACCCCAAAGACGUUCGAAGGUACAAAUUUGCUUCGAAAAAGACAAACAUUAAAACCCGGAAGUGAACGCGAGGUGCAUAACGUCAUUUUCACGUCAUCUUGGACACAGAAUAAAGACAUACAGAAGUGUAACUUCCAUUACAAAACCGUAAGGCGCUUUUUUACCGAAAUAGCUGGCGGCCAUGUUCUUAGCAAGUGCCCUAAAGAAAGGCAUUCACCCCCCUGGAAUAUUAAAUUUUCAAUAUGUUUUCAGGGGGGUGACUGCCUCUCUUUAGGGCACUUGCUAAGAACAUGGCGGACUGAAAAAAUCCCUUACGCACUUUUAAUAAGAAGAUACACUUCUGUAUGUCUUUAUUCUGUGUCUUGGACGUUGCGUCGUGUUUUCUAAAUCUAUCUAAUUAGACAAUGACGACAAUAUAAAACGAGUAUCUGAGAACAUAGUCUUUCGAGACAUGGUCUGGAAACUCAGUAAACUUCAAAGCGGUUAUAAUGAGCUGGGAGUUUAUGUUGAGCCGUACCUUACACCGUGCACAUCCUUUGUUUUAGGUUUAUUAAUAUUUAAAUAGCAUGGUUGAAUGACUGAACUGAAACGUUGCUAUUGGAUGUUUCGUUCAUUUUACUGAAAUACAAUGUGUUCAAAACGCGAACAAAAAGAUAGAACAACAAAGACUUUAGCGGAGUUUCCAAACCAUGCUUUGAAAGACUAUGCUGAGAAUCAGUCCAUGGGUUCCUAUACGUGUCACGUGACCUUAAUAACACCAGCUAAAACAAACAGUGUUUAAUAUAUACAUUCCAUGUUUGCUGUUGAAGAAGAUUAAGACCACGUGCCCUCUUCGGGCAAAUGGCUGUACCAAUAAUUGUACUCUGCCUGAGUGUACUCUGCCUGAGUGUACCCACUGUCGAAUGAUGUAUCAACCGCUAAGACGAUGGAAACAAGAGUUUAAUGAACCCGUUAUAAUUUGUUGAAAAGACAUAAAAUAAAUUUCUCUAUAUUCAUAUUGGCGUCCUCCGCAGGCAAUGGAAAUUUUAAUAUAACAAAGUUUAAUUAAUUACAGAAUAUUUUCUAUUAAGGUAGCGCUCCUGGUCUUUUUUAGGCCAAUGGGUCUUGCUACAUAAUACAGGACUUAUACACAAGUGACAAAUGUAUCAUCAGACUAAAUACAAUUAAAAUUUGCACUUAUUUUGUACUACAUUUUAAAUUUGAAAAUAAACAAAAUAUACCCAUUUCCAACGGUUAGAAAUUAAUUAAAAAUUGGCUACAUAGUGUCCAUACAAGAUAAAAAGAUUACUAGAUUAAUCAUGAACUAUAUAUAGAUUAGAAAGCCAGGGUUCGUCCAGGUCAGAGUAAAAUUCAAGGACUUUCAAGGCUAUGUAUCAGGAAAAGCUAGGACUAAAGGGAGAAAAGAAAGGCAUUAGUGAUCAGUAAGAAGUGACGUUAAACUCUUCAAAUGGCAACUUUCUAUCAUUAAAGACAUGAGCAAAAUCUUCAACAAAAUGGCCGUUUUUAAUGUUAAACAAAUUUCAGAAAAUAUCCAAACUAAAGCAAGACGAGUUCAAGCGCUUCAUAAAUACAAGGAAUUUCAAGGCCUUGAACUUGUACGAACUCUGUAGAGAGCUAUUAGAGUGGUUAUGUGUUACAUGAUAGAAAUUACAAACGAAAAGCUGUCAAAAUAGGAAAGUUUUAGAUGGAAAUCAUCGAAUAUUUUUGAGCAACAAGUAGGUACGUUUUCUUUAAUACUAAUAGUAAUAAGAAUGUCGGAUUAGAAUUGCCUGAAGUAAUGAUUUUGAAAUUGGAUGGAUCCGUCGGAUGACGGGCUUGUCUAAAAUACCAUCCUAAUUCGAUUUGCACAUGAAGGUUAAAUAGCUUUUACCUUAAAUCCCAGCAUUACGUCCAACCACCAAUCUCCCAAGUAUUAGUACCACACAGGGAACUGAAACAAAAAACGAUAAUGUAUAGUAUAAAAACU